GUUCAUCUCUAGAGUCCGCCCCAUGCCGGGCGGGGCCUGGUCGGACCACUCUACCGGUGGCCCGCCGCGAGCCCUGGGACACCAGCCACGAGGUGGCCCGCGCGGGGCUGGGUCUCGAUGGCUACGUGGAGGCGGGAUGGCCGGCUAACCGGCAGCCAGCGGCUCCUGUGUGCAGGGCUGGCGGGGGCGUUGAGCCUCAGCCUCACCGCGCCCCUGGAGCUCGCCACCGUGCUGGCCCAGGUCGGCAUGGUGCGAGGCCACUCGCAGGGGCUGUGGGCCACUGGACGCCGAGUGUGGCUAGCUGAGGGGCCGAGGGCCCUGUGGAAGGGGAACGGCGUGGCAUGCCUGCGCCUCUUCCCCUGCAGCAUGGUGCAGCUGGCAGCCUACCGAAAGUUUGUUGUGCUGUUCAUGGAUGACCUGGGCCGUAUUUCCCAGUGGAGCUCCAUUGUGGCCGGAAGUCUCGCAGGCAUGGUUUCUAUGAUUGUCACAUACCCUACAGACCUCAUCAAAACCCGGCUGAUUGUGCAGAACAUGCUGGAACCAUCUUACAAGGGUCUUAUCCAUGCUUUUUCUACUAUUUAUCAACAAGAAGGGUUCCUGGCCCUUUAUCGAGGGGUGUCCCUCACUGUUUUAGGUGCUGUUCCCUUCUCUGCUGGCUCCCUUCUAGUAUACAUGAACCUGGAGAAAAUCUGGAAUGGACCCCGGGACCGCUUCUCCCACCUGCAGAACUUUGCCAAUGUCUGCGUGGCUGCUGCUGUGAGCCAGACUCUUUCCUUCCCCUUUGACACUGUGAAGAGAAAGAUGCAGGCUCAAAGUCCUUAUCUUCCCCACUGUGGAGGAGUAGAUGUCCAUUUCUCAGGAGCAAUGGACUGCUUCCGGCAGAUAGUGAAGACCCAAGGGGUACCGGGGCUCUGGAGCGGACUGACAGCUAACUUACUAAAGGUAGUUCCAUAUUUUGGAGUUAUGUUUAGUAUGUUUGAGUUCUGUAAGAGAAUUUUUCUUUAUCAAAAUGGUUACAUCCUGUCCCCACUGACCUAUAAAUUGACCCCAGGGGUGGACCAAAGUUUGAAGCCCCAGGAGUUACGGGAAUUAAAGAAGUUCUUCAAACCCAGAAAACUGGAAUCUAAAAAACCAACCCUGUAAAGCUGACUGGAACAGCGCUGGUGGAAGACGUGUGCAAUCACAGAUGACCAUGGCCUCUUACCUGUGCCCAUCAGGAGGAACAAUACAUCACCUGGGAACCCUGUGCCUUGAAAAGCUUUUCUGACACUGCUCUGUCACAUGGCACUCCACCAGACUAUAAGGAAGCCUAGUGGCAAUCAGAUGUGCAGUAUACCCUAGGAGAAACCUCAGGAAGCAGCUUUGCCACAACACUUCAGAGCAUCUUGUAGCUGAAGUAGCAGGGCAGAGACCAUGUCAUGAGCCCAGCCAUGGGAGUGUAGGUAGAGUAGGACAAGUUUUUCUCACUUUGACCUGUGGCUUCCCCACAAACUUCUUAAACUCAUACCUUUGCUGGCUUCUGAGAGCACCAACUACCAUGUCAGUUAGGCCUUAUCAAAAACCCCAAGUGAAAACUUUGAUUUUUUUUUUUUUAAUGAUCUUGCUACAAAAUCCAGCCUGCUCUCAGAGUCAUGGUCUUCCUGCUUAGACUCCCAGCCAGCUGAGAUUAUAAGUGUGUACUGCAAUGCUUAUCCUCAGAACCUUCAUUCUUUUUGUUUGUUUGUUUGUU